CUAACUGCCGUGGCUGUGCCGCUGCCUAGCGGUGGCCGUCUUGGGCGAACACAGAGAGCGUGGGGUGGCCGUCAAGAAGAAGGGCGGCGGGAGAGGGAAAAGGGCGGAGAGACACGAAUCUCCCGGUGGAGAGGAGGGCGCACGCUGCUGCUGCGGCUCCUGGUGCUGGUGGUGCUGCCCGUUUUGUUGAUCGAUCCACGACUGCAGCAGAGAGGAGGCAGCAGCGGAUGGCACGGAUGAAUGCCAUGCAGACGGCCCCUCUUUCUCCCUCACCGUGGCGGCGCACGGAGGCGAGAGACGCAUGAAUUCAUCCUCCUCCUUUGGCACCGAAGAAGGCCCUCUUGAUAAGGUUGCAUUGCCGCAACCGCCGUGGCUGGGUCACUGCCGAGUGCUCGUUGCGCAGAGAGAGGGCGUGAAGGUGGCCAUCGAUGAGAAAAGCCGAGGGAAGGGGAGAGGGAGGGGAAAUGAGCAGCCGCUAAGGUGUUGGGGGUGCCCCUGCUGCUGCUGCGGAGACAUGACCUUUUUGCUGAUCGAUCCCUGACUGACAAAAACAAAAACCGUGCACAAGCGGAUGAACUUUUGACCUGCAGCUCCAUCUCUCGCUGACCAU